UCUUUUACGCACGCGCUGCUGCCACUGACCCGGAAGUUUUCCGCCUGGCUAAAAGCGUCGGACCGCUGCGCACAGUCUCUUCCUGUCUGUGCCAGGGCGGCGCGUGGUCCACUCUGAGCAGUAGAGGCGUUCCGGCUGUUUCCUCAGGAUGACGGAGUGGGAAACAGCAGCACCAGCAGUGGCAGAAACCCCUGACAUCAAGCUCUUUGGCAAGUGGAGCACUGAUGAUGUACAGAUCAAUGACAUUUCUCUACAGGAUUACAUUGCAGUGAAAGAGAAGUAUGCCAAGUACCUGCCUCAUAGUGCCGGGAGGUAUGCUGCCAAGCGCUUCCGCAAAGCGCAGUGCCCCAUCGUGGAACGCCUCACUAACUCAAUGAUGAUGCAUGGCCGCAACAAUGGCAAGAAGCUCAUGACUGUGCGCAUUGUCAAGCAUGCCUUUGAGAUCAUCCAUCUGCUCACAGGCGAGAACCCUCUGCAGGUCCUGGUCAAUGCCAUCAUCAAUAGUGGCCCCCGGGAGGAUUCAACACGCAUUGGGCGAGCUGGAACAGUGCGCCGGCAGGCUGUGGAUGUGUCCCCACUUCGACGUGUGAAUCAGGCCAUCUGGCUGCUGUGCACAGGUGCCCGUGAGGCUGCCUUCCGGAAUAUCAAGACCAUUGCUGAGUGCUUGGCAGAUGAGCUCAUCAAUGCUGCUAAGGGCUCUUCCAACUCCUAUGCCAUUAAGAAGAAGGAUGAGCUGGAGCGGGUGGCCAAGUCGAACCGCUGAUUUCUUGGCUGCUGCCUAAUAAACCUGUCUGCCCUUGGGGUAGCCCUGCC